AAAACGAACAGACGCGGUUAAAAAUGUCGGAAUUACUUGAUGAAGUGACAGCGGUCCUUGAGGCAACACGCCAGACCCAAGAUAAAGCGAUGGUCAAGAUACGCGACAUAUUGGAUAAGUCAAAUAGCACGCUGCUGCACAUCGAGUCACAAAAUAAUUUAAACAGUGCUUAUGCAAAUGAUUCCCAACAGCAAACAAACGUAUACAACUUGCAUCCAGAAUCUCAGCUGGCGCUGGUUAAGAUAUUUGAUAAUUUCCAACGAAUUAUGGGAAAAUACGACAAAUUGCAGAUCUAUAGUGCACACAACGAUUGCCUGGUCUACAGACAACGUUUGGAGAACCUUGAGAGCAGCGCGCGUAAGCUGGAGGUUCUUUACGCUACAGUUACCCAGAUGAAACUGGACAUGGAAAUGCACGAGCAGCAAAAACCAAUCGACCAAGAUGACAAAGAAAACACAGAUCCAGAAGAUUAACAAUCGCUUGCUUGAAUUUUAUUGGAUAUUGAAACGUAUAUUAAAUGCUAUUGUAACAACUAA